AUGAAGUUGGACCUUAGAAACAAAAAUUUGUAAAAUAUUAAGAUCUAAAAUACGUCUUUAGUAGGAUCUAAUUUUGUUAGUUGUAAUUUUAGUGGAUCUUAAUUUAAUAAUGUCAACAUAACUGGAAUUAAUCUGAAUGGAGCAUAAUUAAUUAAUUGUAAAUGGAAAAUCUUGAGAAUCCAUGAAUUAAAUAAAUUUAAUGGUCAUAGAUAUGAAGUAAGAUCAAUUUGUUUCUCUCCUGAUGGAAAAAAAUUAGCUUCUGUAGGUGAUAGGUAUUAUGGAGGUGGUGAUUGCUCUAUCCGUCUCUGGGAUGUCAAAGCAGGAUAAUAAAAAGCCAAAUUGGAUGGUCAUACUAGUUGUAUAAACUCAGUCUGUUUCUCUCCGAUGGAAAUACAUUAGCUUCUGGUAGUAGAGAUAACUCUAUUCGUCUAUGGAAUAUAAACAAAAAGUAUUGUUUGUUUAUAGAUUUAAAGAAAUUUAGGUUAAAAAUACAAGAUAUCUUUUUUUUAACACCUCUUUGCAGUAAAAGAAUAUUAUAUAAAAUUUAGAUAUAUCUAAUAUUAUGGUUUACCCAGACUUCAAUUUUUCAAGGUAUAAGAGAGUUUUUUAAAAACAACCCUUUCAUUUUAAUUUAAAAACUAACCUAUAUUAACCCUUAAUUUAAAUCUAUUUUAAUAAACUUCUUGUGUCCAAUAUUUGUUGA